AUAUGUGAUUGCCUUUGUGCUGUGAUUCAAAGGAAGGGUAGCUGAUGUUAGCAUAUAUAAUAGGGGAAUUGAGAACAAACUGGAGGAGGCCAAAGGGGAAGUGGGGAAGGCCAUUUGGAAGGUUGCUGCAGUUAAACUGAUAAAAAUGAUAGUUUGGGCUAGAGUGUGAGCAUUGGAACUGGAAAAAUGGAGUGAUUUGAGGUGUUCCAAAUGGCCACAUUAGAUUUCCCUGUUCUCUCAGGAGACAGACAGGAGCCAGGAGUACUCCUUACUUUAAACGGAAGCUGAGGGAUUUCUUCUGGGAUCUCUGUGUGUAUGCCUUUUAUUGAAUUCCUACUAUGUUCUAGGACUAAUUGUCACAAAUUCCCGAAAAACUCUGUGAUCAUUAUCCCCAUUCCACAGUUAAGUCUCAGUUUAGGCAAUGUGCCCAACAUCACAGAGUUAAAGUUCUGCCUGCAAAGAUUAGUUUGCUUCCAUACACCAAGCUACAAUACAGGACUUACAAGGUUCUGACCCCAUCGUUCCUUACUGAGGUCUAGUAUUCAGUUUUGUAGGUACAAAGUGGGGCCCUGAAGUCUACACCCGCAGAAUAGAAGCCUGAACUCCCGUUAAGAGAACGCGUCCUUCCUUUCGGAACUGAAAGCGCGAGCGUCGUUUUCUGUCGGAAGCAAUAAGCAAGGGACCGGAAGUUUCGUGGCCCAUCCCAGAGCCCGCCUCCCAGACCCGGGUGAGGCUGCCGCGGACUGCCCUUUCCCAAGAUGGCAUCGAAGAUAGGUUCGAGACGAUGGAUGCUGCAGCUGAUCAUGCAGUUGGGUUCGGUGCUGCUUACACGCUGCCCCUUUUGGGGCUGCUUUAGUCAGCUCAUGCUGUACGCUGAAAGGGCCGAGGCGCGCCGGAAGCCCGACAUCCCAGUGCCCUACCUGUACUUCGACAUGGGGGCAGCCGUGCUGUGUGCUAGCUUCAUGUCCUUCGGAGUGAAGCGGCGCUGGUUCGCGCUGGGGGCAGCACUCCAGCUGGCUAUUAGCACCUACGCCGCCUACAUCGGAGGCUACGUCCACUACGGGGACUGGCUGAAGGUUCGUAUGUACUCACGUACAGUUGCCAUUAUCGGUGGCUUUCUGGUGCUAGCCAGUGGUGCUGGGGAGCUAUACCGUCGGAAACCCCGCAGCCGCUCUCUUCAGUCUACCGGCCAGGUGUUCCUGGGCAUCUACCUCAUCUGCGUGGCCUACUCACUGCAGCACAGCAAGGAAGACCGACUGGCAUAUCUGAACCAUCUCCCAGGAGGGGAGCUGAUGAUCCAGCUGUUCUUCGUACUGUACGGCAUCCUGGCCCUGGCCUUCUUGUCAGGUUACUACGUGACUCUGGCUGCUCAGAUCCUGGCUAUCCUGCUGCCCCCGGUCAUGCUGCUCAUUGAUGGCAACAUUGCCUACUGGCACAACAUGCGACGUGUAGAGUUCUGGAACCAGAUGAAACUGCUCGGCGAGAGUGUGGGCAUCUUUGGGGCUGCUGUCAUUCUGGCCACUGAUGGCUGAGUUUGACAGCAAGAGGCUGAGUUGGGCACAGGGAGCUACUGCUUCGCUGGCCCUGUUGCUGUUUAUUUAUGCUUCUUGGUCUGUUUGAUUUUUUGCUCCCCCCCAUUUUUUUUUUUUUUUUUUUUUUUUUUUUUUUAUUGAGAGU